ACUUGUGUCUCCUUGAAUCACGUGUUUUGAACUUGGACGCUACUCUCUCUUUUUACAGCCCUGGAUGAUGCUCCGUGACCUCUCGCGAGACAGCAGACACAACACCGGAAGUUCAAAUCAAUGUGGUCUGUGAACUUUUACCGAGCAACCAAACAGAGGAAAUAAGUUUGUUAUGCUCCACAACAACAUCGGUACUAUAUGUAUAGUAGUCCGCGACGUUAGUCGCUCGACAGAACAGCAAGAUGUCUUCCGUCAAUCCGGAAAGAAACUUGAAGUCGGUGUGCAAGAAAGUUGACGAGGCUCUGGCAAUGGAGUUUUUUUAUCACGAAGUUAAACGUGACCGCCACAUGCCUCAUCUGCAGGCAGCACGUAUUGUUUAAGGGGUUAAUUAUGAAGCGGCAUUACCUCGCAAAACACGCGGGAAAGUAUGAUAAAUACAAGGGACGGAGCAGGAAGACUAUGUCCGGCGAGCUUCAUGCAGAAUUCAACAGCUCCAAAGGGACCUCGGCGAUAGAACCGGCACCUGUACAUAAAGAGAUCGCCCCAGCCAUGCCAAGUCUAAAGCUGAUAUCUGCGACAGACACGCAGUAUUCAGCAGCUGUGCUUAAGUCAAUGAACGAGCAGCGAAAUCAUGGAUUAUUUUGUGAUGUCACCAUUAUCAUACAGGACAAGAAAUUCCGAGCGCACAAAGCAAUCCUGUCUGCUUCAAGUACUUAUUUCCACCAGCUCUUCAGUGUAGCCGGACAAGUGAUUGAGUUAAACUUCAUCAAAGCUGAAAUUUUUGAGGAGAUUCUCAAUUACAUUUACAGCUCCAAGAUCUUCCGUGUGCGCUCUGACAUGCUUGAGGAGCUCAUCAAUGCUGGACAAAUACUUGGAGUCAAGUUCAUUGCAAAUUUGGGGUCCCCAUUAUCACAAGUUAAGGGUCUGCCUGGUUUGUCAAAGGAGACUGGAAGCAAAAGUGACACAGCUACACAGAUGAUGCCCAUCAUUGCGGAGUCUUUCUCAAUAUCCGCUGAGGAAUUCAAUCAGACAAGCAAGCAGGCGGGCAACGACUCGGACUCGGACAGUGACGUUAUGUUUGUCUCACAGACGGAUGCUCAAACCAGAGCAGCCAACCAGAAAGCCAAAUCUGGUGAGGUAAUUGAUUUGGAUACAGCGGAUUCAGGAAACACAGCUGUUUCAGGAAACACAGCGAAUUCAGAAAAUGCAGUGUCAAAGCAAAAUGAAGAAUCAAAUCAUACAGUUGCGAAAGAAAAAGAGAAAGCCGAGAAAGCCAAGACCUCCUUGAAAACAAGUCCUGCGGAGCCUCCCAGCAUCAGUGGUCCAAUCCCCAGUAUCCCCAAAAGCAGCCCUCUGCACAGUCCAGACAGCAGCUCCAAUAACUUGUCGUCCCCUGCCAGAGUUUCCUCAGGAAGUGCCCCAACAACGCCAGCCAGGUCAAGCAAUGCCACGCCUGAGCCAUCAAGUGCCUCUCAGUCCUCUGAAAGCAGCAACAUAAUGGGAGUCCACAAGAAGCAGGUCUCUGCUUCUUCUCAGCAAGGGGAUUUCAAAUUAAAGCUUGUAGAUUUGUCUGACCAUACAGGUCAAACUAACAGUCCCAAAUCGGUCAUAGCAGCGAAAAAGACAGUGACGCUCAAUACAACCACAGAGAUCGAUUCAAUUUCAUCAGGCUGUAAAGUGUAUGCGAAUAUUGGGGAAAACACAUACGACAUUGUCCCAGUGAAGGAAGAUCCAGGUGAAGGGGGCUCUAAAGCCAAUAAAGGGAAGAGGUCAUUAAUGGCUACGCCUUUGAAACCCCUGGAUAAACCCCCCACCUCACCCAUGGGCGGCCCGAACAAGAAGAAAACCAAAACAGAGCUAGAGGAUCACUAUGAGCUCAUCAUGGAUGGGAAGACUUUCUAUGUGUGCAUCGUCUGCAAGCGCCCCUACGUUUGUCUGACGAGUCUCCGUCGUCACUUCAACACCCACUCGUGGGAAAAGAAGUACCCCUGUCAUUACUGCAACAAGGUCUUUGCACUGGCCGAGUACAGAACUAAACAUGAAAUCCAUCACACAGGAGAGAGGAGGUACCAGUGCUUGGUGUGCAAUGAAACAUUCUUGAACUACCAGCUGCUGUCAACCCACUGCAAGCAGGUCCACAACCAGGAUCCCAGUGGGAGGAAAGAGAAGGAUGAGACGGACAACAACGUAUACCGGCUCCUGCCGUGUAAAACGGUGCAGAUGAAGCCGUACUCGUGGAGCACUGAUGGGCAGGGGGUCCCCGUCAUAUCGGAGGACGGCAGCGUGCAUCACAUAACCGCCGGCGGCGAAGAGGUCCACUCCUCCACUCAGAGCAGGAUGUUGAACUGGGACGACAUCUUUAUCGAGCCCGACGCUCACAUGCCGCCGGAUAAUCGCGCCCGACCGACGCCGACCAUUAACAAUCCUCAACCAAGAGCCACAGAGUUUGACUUCGUUAUACCAGAGACUUACUGAGCAGCCCUAGCUGCUCCAUUAGCUGUGCCUUUUAGGUGCCCCCCCCCCCCCCCACACCCUCAUUUCCUCCUUGGUUCCAUGCCAACAAUAUUCUGUAAUUCUUAAGUCAGCUUAACGUACGGUCACAUUAGCAUAUUUUCUUUCAAUGACAUUUUUCUGUUGUAAUAUUGUACUAAACUCGAUGAUGCACGCGAGAAUAAUGCGAGUCGGCCAUAGCCAGCUAGAGAUUGCUUGAAUGUCUGGAGUUGAAGGGAAAGGGAGACGCAGCGAACAGUUGACCAUACCGUUACUCUGCUUGUGUUAUAGCCUCGAUCUUUUUGUAUCAUUGGAAGAAAUGAUAGUCACAUUAGCAAAAAUAUAUGGAAGUGGUUGCCGCACAGUAAUACGAUCAAGGAAACAAUUAGUUCAUCUGGUUGAUUUAAAAAUUCCAUGCAAGAAGACUCACCAGCGGUAAUAAAAAGUAAAAUCAUGUUUGUUUAAUUUGUCACUAUAAUGCAAGUUAUAUCUAUAUAAACUUAAAUUGUACUUAUGUCAUUCAUACAGGUAAAUGGGAUCUGCCUUUUUAAGAAUGUGAAUCAUCGGGAGAUGAUUUUGUGGGUAACCCGGAGACCUGCUUUUCACAGGAUACAUUAUAAUGCAUUUUGUGGUUUCAACAGAUUUGUAUAAAAUACAGGAUAUGACCCAUAAUCAAAUUAAACUCUGUUGCACACUUCUUUAUCUAUCAUUAUGCAUUGGCCAUGAAUUGGAUGGAAAGUUGUGUACUUGUUUGCAUUUCCACAUCUGGGUAUUGUGGAAGGGAAGAUGUAUAAUGGUUAUUUAAUGUUUCAGCGGUUGGAAAACAAGUUAUGGAUUACUUUUUUGUUGAUUAAACACCCGUUUUAUUUUCAUACAUAUUUUUAUUUCCUAUGCUUGUCAUUUUCACUUUAUUUUUAAUAUAUAUUUCCAAGCCAAAAUCCUCCAUAGAGCAGGCUAGAGACUAGCAUACAUGUAAUCAUAGGAGUCACGUAAAUUGAGAAUGUUUUCAGUCCCUACAUAAAGCACUGGGUGUUGGAUCAUGCUGAGUUGUUUUUCUGUAAUAUUUUUACUUUUUUACUCUUGUUUUUUUCCAUUGUAUCAAAAUUUAGUAAUUGAGCAGUAUGAGUAAAAUGUAGUGGUAACAUGGGAAUCUUUUACUUUGUGUCAUUCAAUAAAAUUAUGCUAAAUUAGUUUAUUAAUUAACAGGUUAACAUUGGUGUCUGAUGUACAGUAUUUUUGUUUUACUCCCACUGUCUUUUGUUUCAGAUGUAUUUAUUAGGUUAAUAGCCGUAUAGAACAUGGGAUAGUUAUUACAUUCUCUGUUCUGUUGUCCUUUAACUAUGUUCCUUUUCUGUCAAUUAGUAACAAGGGUUCCCUGAUGGUAAAUAAAUUAUUCUUUUACUAUUUUUA